ACAAACCUUUGUUUUUUUUUUUUUUAAUUUAAAUUAUUUAUUAUAGUUUUGUUGAUGGAAUUACAUUGAAGUGGCUGCAGUGUAGUUUGGUAGUCGGGUUUUUUAUUUAUGUUUAUUUUUGUGCUGCCUAAAUUUCAAUAAUUUUAUAGCAGAAGAAACAGGCUUAGUUUAAAAGCCGCAGAGGUUGUUUCUUUGUCUAACUUCUUUAAGGUUAUGCGAAGUGACAGCAACACUGUGAAGGUUACAUAUAUUUCCAACUUUAAUUUGAUUUUGUCACCUCGUUGACAUCGAGGUUAUUAGAUACAGAACAUAAGUCAACAUGAUGCAGUUUAAUUAGGGAAGAAUUCGGGCAUAGAAAAGUCUACCAUGAGGGUGCAAUGGAAAAGAAAUCAAUAUCUAAACCCAGUCUGAAAUUAGCUCAGCGAUCUACAACUAACCUUGAAGAAACAGUCAAAGAACCACCCACUGAGUUUGUUUCUGUCACAACAGGAGUUGAGACUGUACCGGAGGCAUUGUGCAGCAAAGAUGCUGGUGUGGAAACACACAACUCUGAAACAGACAACUUGGACGGUAAAAAGGCUGAUGGAUGUGACAGUCUGUGCGAUGUGAAAAGGUUCCAUGAAGAUGACAUCACAGAUAUUUUCGCUCCUGAUAGUCGCGAGGUCGCUGUUGUUGUCUCCUGGAAUUGGGAUUCUUCGCAGAGGAAUUCGAGCCCAAAACCCGAGAAGACCAAAUCCACCACGCCACAAGGCCAAAAGAAGCGCACUACUAAAUUAUGUUCCCCACUGUUACGUGGUCAGCCUCCUGCAAGGCGUAAGAGACUGCUGAAGAAAGAUCUGACAAAUUCAAAUUCAUCUUUCGUAUCUGAAUUACGUGCUCUGUCUGAGAAGUUGCAGAAAGCAAAAGAUAGUGUGCAGCUAUCCGAGGAUACAGAAAAUGAAUUGUGUUUUGAAAUAUCAAGCUCUAGUACUGAGAAUAUUAAUUUCGUACAAAAUCAUGGUACCUUCAGUUUGGAAAAUUUGGAGGAAAUAAAGAAUGACAGUUUCAAAACCCUUCUCGAAGAUGUUGAUGAUGACUGCCUUAUUCAGUGCUCUCAGGAAGUGGAGAAAAACUUGCAGGAGUUUACAUCUCCGUUGAAGAAAAGCCCUAAACUUCAAAAUCUUGGGGUUGUGAAAUUUGACAAGAGUAGUCCAAACAGGACAAAAACCCCUUCCAAGGGCAGAGCAUUAAACAACAAUCUGAGGCGUUCUCCCAGGAUUAUGAAUCAGAAUCCUUCAGCAGCUUGUUCGGGGAAGUUUAGAAGUAACACUUCAACAGCAAAAAAAGGAGAUAAUGAUAAAGUGUUAGAUGAAGAUUUGGUGGAAUCCCUGUUGGAUGAUGAAAUAGAAUUGCUUAGUCAGAUACCAUCACCAAGUGCAAUCUUGAGUGCAGAAAAAUACAAAUUGUACCCAGCACUUAGGAACAAGACUCAACAAAUACCAACUAAGAAUUCUAGUGAAGGGAAUUUGAAUGGCAUAGUUAAUUUAUUUGUAAAUCAUUCUAGUGCCACCUCAGUACCAACAACUUUCAAAAUUAUCAAACAACUUCCAGAGAAAACUCAGCACAUUGUACGUAGUGGCCAUCCUGUUGUGGGAGUGGUUAAGCCAGUCAUGUCUUUCACAUCUGAUGAUGUGAUUGAGAAUAAGAACUGCAUAAUGCCUGAAAACUCUGCUAUUGUAAAUGAACAAGUGAAUAAAAACAAUAGCAAGAGAAAAGAAAGUCUGGCAGGCACUGAGGAUAGAGUCAAAUCAUUUGAUGAUAGUUUUUGUGAUCCAGCAUUGUGCAAUCUUCUGGAUUCUGUGGAAUCAAGUGUAUUAUCCAGUUCACCUGCGGUGUCCAGCUCACCAGUGAAAAAUGCUGCAAAUAAUUCGGUACAGUCGCAGGUUCCUAGUUCUCCUCCUCUGCGAUGUACGCCGGAAGAAAUAGAGAAAAAGAAGAGAGAAGCAUUGGAGAGGAGGAGGAGGAGGAAUAAUUCUUGUAAUAGUUCCUCCUCAAACUUGAAAAGCAUGCACCAUUCCGUUCAGCAUGGUUCACGACAAGAGGAAAGGCUAAAAGUGCAACCGCUGGUUCCAAGUUCCCCUCCGAAACGUUACACCCCAGAGGAGAUUGAAAAGAAGAGACUGGAGGCCUUGCAAAUUAAAAGGCAACAGUCGUUGAUUCGGACGACCACCUAUUCCAGGCAAAGGUUACACAAGAAGUAGGUGUACUGAAGAGUGAAUGGCUCCUCCAGUGCCUAAUAAUAGCUUUUAUAUCUUGUUGACUCUCAGUCCUGUAACUUUAAAAGUGAGAUGAUAUGUAAUAAUUGUUGGAGAUGUAGGACUUUACAAUUUAAGAACAUAGCAAACUGGUAAAUUAUUAUAUUUUAUGAUAGUGUUUAUGAUUGAUUAUUGAGAUUUCCUCAGGAACUAAUUGGAGUACGUACCGUAUAAAUAUUUUGUAUAUAAAUGUAAAAUAAAUUUUUCAUUUUGUUAUUGUAUUUUUAAAAUGCUCUUAUACUUUUAAAUAAACUGGAUUGUAAAAGCCAGUGGACUUAAGAGCAUAAGUAUUUAUGAAGUCACAAAGCAGAACUAAUGGCCAAUGCAUGUGGGAGCUGGAUUAAAUUCAUAUUUGAGUAAUAUAUACUGAUACAAUGUUUUUGCACUUUGAUGGUAAAUGUUAAUCUUUUAGUAAGACAGAAGUAACCCUUUUAUAAUUUGUGAGGUAUAUUUUGAUUAGAAUGGCAUGCUUAAAAAUGUUUUUAAUAAUGAAAUAUUAAUUUUUACAAUUUUUGUUUUCUAAAUUCUUUGUGGCUACUUGUAGGAUCUGAUUACAAAAGUCACUGAACAACUUCUGAAAUCAACAGUAAUAAUGCUGGAAGUCAAAAACUUACAUUUUGUUUUUUUACUUCUCACUUCAGUUUAUAGUCACACAAUUGAAUAUCUCUGCAGAAAGUAUAUCUAAUUUGUAUUUUGUUCAAUUUGCUAAAUAUUCUAUCAGAGAAAUUUGAUCUACUCUAUAGUAAUUUUUUUUUAAAUUUAAGAAUGCAUUUAUUGAAUGCAUUAGUGGCAUUAAAAUGUACAUUAAAUUAUUUGGGAGCACAGAAAUUAAGAAUCCCACUUAUGGGUUUCACAAGAAACGUUAUUUGUAAUGUACUGAAAAUUUGUAUAUAUAUAUAUAUAUAUUUUUUCUCUUAGUGUCUUUUUUCUUUAUACUUUACACAUGUGAAUUUAUGAUGUUUACUACCAUAUUGUUUCUUUUGGAGAGCUACAUAAAUGACAUAUUAAAGUUACUCAAACAUUCUUGACUGAUGAUUUGGAAAAAUUGAUAAGUAUAGUUAAUGUCAAAUGGUCAGAUAGCAUAGUACCAAUUGGAGUCCAGCAAGCAAGUUCAUUUAUGCAUUGUUUUUGUGUUACAUUGUGAGAUUUUAAUUUGAAGUGGUAAAUUGUUCUUGAAAUAUACAGGUUUAUCAUCAGCCAGGAUUUGUUAACUACACUGGUGAAAUUAAAAAAAAACUGGAGGUAAAAACAAUCUUUACGUUUGUAUUGUGUAAUGGUGAGACUUAGUUUUGGAACAAAAAUUUCAAAUCACA